GGUGCAAUGACCCGGAAGUGUAAAGACCUGAAUUCAUGGGGAUUCACGGAAACAUGAUAGUUUACAGCUGGAUACGACCAAAAUUGUCGAAUUUUAUAUAAAUUUGUUUGUUUGUUUUGGGUUUAACGCCGUUUUUCAACAGUAUUUCAGUCAUGUAACGGCGGGUAGUUAACCUAACCAGUAUUCCUGGAUUCUGUACCUAAUGGCCUAGGUAAUUCUAUCUUUUCUUUUUUUUUUUUUUUUUUCUUUUUUAAUCACUUUUCUCUUAGUGGUCUCUUACCUCACGAAUAAGGUACGAAACACAUGGGUACGAAAUAUUGUUGCACGAAUUAACAUGGAAACAAAAUGGCGGAUGAAAACAACUUUUCCGUAAUUUGGUAAAAAAUGAAAAUGCAGUUACUGCCAGUUAGUACUAGCAUGAAACAAGUGACUUGAUCAGUUAUACCUCUAAAUCAAAGCCCAUGCACAAUGCCAGCCUUCAUUGCCCCCAUAGAGCAUACACGGGCGGCCUUCUUAAAGCACCCAGAUGGACUGAGGUUUGGCAAUUUUGAAGGGGUAGUACAUUUACCACCUGUGCCUGUGGAUAGAAAGCAGGUGUCCCGGAGUUUCUCCACUCUCAACAAUCAGCAGAUAUACAAGACUGUAUGUGAGUGGUAUGAAGUCUGGAGACCAUGGCAACAGAAAGUCUUAUUGUGUGGCAUUGUGGACAGGUGUUCUGUGCGGCAAGUGGAUAUGCUGGCAACCACACUAGAACCAAUCCGUCACAGAGACUACACCGUAGCAGUAAAACAUCAUUACCCCUCCACCCCACUGAAACAUAUCCAGGAUAAACAGGGCAGGAAGAAAAAGAAGAAAAAGGUGAAAAAGAAAACUGUACGGAAGGAAGGUAAUGAAUAUCAAAGAUCACUUAAUGUUGACGGAACUUUAGCUGGUGCUGUGACUCCGGAAUCUGUUAUUGAUACCAACCAGGAAAUCCUUGCCUCACAUGAUCAGAAAGACUUUGAAGAUAAACUUGCUGAUGGUAAAACACAUCAGAAGAAACAGUUAUCUACCAUACCACAAGAGAAAACAAAGGAGUUUACUAAUGUUGACGAUGAAUUCAGUGAUAUUGACUCUUAUGCUGAUUCUAUAGCUAAAAGGAUCAUAGAAGAAUCCAUUCCAAAGACUGUACAAGUGUUUGAACCAUCUGAACUUUAUGCUCAGGACCUUGCAAGUAGCAUAAUGCAACAGGCAAUGGCCCAUGUUGUUGAUCACAUGGAUGAAAGAGAGAAAUCUAUUCAGAGCAAAAUAGAAAAGACAAGACUACCAGAAUUAGAAUCUGAACAGCCUGGCCACAUUGAUGGCCCCAAACCAAAUGAAAAACGAAAGGAAGAAGUCCCAGUAACUGAAGCAAAGGAUGCUACUGCAGUAGUACCACUGCCCAAGCAUCACCAUAGUCAGAGUUAUAAAGACAACUACACAGAGACAACUGUAACAGUAGCAGAAGAGAAACCAGUGGAUAUGUCAGUUCUAGACAAAUACAGGAAGUUUAAACCACCAAAAGAGGGAGACAAGUCAAAUAGGUUUUACAAAAUGGAAGGUAGGCCCAAAUCUUUGGUACGAAUAUUGAUACCUGACGGGAAUGGUGAAAAUGGCGAAGGGGAAAGUAAACGUGCUGACAGUCCUCGGUCAAUGGUGUCACGGAGCUUCUCUGCAGUCACACACAGUACACUAAGUAACCUUAGGUAUCACCUGUUUGGUUCCCGGUCUUUGAAAACUCCAGACUACUUCAAGAAAGAUGGUGUUGCCAGUUUAGAAGGUGGCUUGCAGCAUCUACGGUCAGGUAUUGUUAGAAGGCCUGUUGGGAUGCACAGUCUCCCAGUACCUAUCUCUAAAAUGUACAAGAGUGUGAAAUGGUGGACAGAGCUACCAGAAGAUGGUAAAAAUCUUGUUCCAGCACAGAAACAGGAACUUGGUGCUUACUUCAAGGACCAGCUUGAACAAGUCUGGAAGUGGAUGGAAUUAUGGGAGGAUUUUGAAAAAAUAGCUUUACUGAAAGAAUUACUCAAGUUGUGUGGACCAGAGGACUUGAACUUCCUGUGUGGACAUCUCGAACAAAAACUGAGGAAUGCCAGAGAUAUCAAUAGGAUGUCAGACAAACUUCUGCUGUACAUAUUUUCAUUUAUACCAGCUGAUGAAAUAUCUAGAGUCAAACGGGUGAGUAGAAGAUGGAGAUACUUGUGUGCCACAGAUGAUCUCUGGAUGGUGAAAUGUCAUGAGUUAGGAUUGGCUGAAGGCAUCAAGAAUUUAGACAAGAUGAUUGUAAAAGCUAAAGGCUAUAGAAUGGUUAUCGACUGGAAAAUGGCAUAUGAUGAAAUCAAGAGAAUUACCUACAAUAUGAAAAUGGGCAUGAAGAAGAAAAAAGUGAAACCAGUCCAAAAAGGCCGAACUGUUGAAUUCAAGGAACAGCUGGAAUUGUUGAAACAGAAAGAUACUACAGAGGAUAAUCACCCGAAACCUGUUGUCAAACAAAAGCUGGUACACCCUGAGAUCUUUGAGCUUCCAAAAUUUGAGAAACCUAGACAAGUAGCGUCUGAGUGUUCGUCCGACAGUCUGUUUUCUGAGACCGAUCUAGACACUUAUGAUCGACCUAGAUUUGAGUUUAGAAAUCGUAUUGUCCCUACACAUGAGAUUCCUAGAGGAUCUCUAACACGGGAUGAACUCCAUCAAAUGAUUAAGAAAAUGAUAUUUGAACCUGAAGAAAAACAGAAGCAACAAGCAAUAAGUCGGGGAACACCUGUCAUAGUUGAGCUAGAGGUACACAGGGGAACGGUAUCAGCAAUACGGCGACUUGAGAAGGGAGAGGAUGAUGACGCACACAGUGUCCUGUCCGAGGAUCUCAGGGAGUUUGAUGAUGAAUAUAAAUUACAGUGGGAGAAAAAAGCAGAGAGAAAACCAGGAUAUUCAAGUCAGGAACCUCUGCGAGCUGUAUCUACUGAAGGUGGAGUGGAGAUUUUAUCCAAAUCUGAGGACAGGUUUGAUAGGAUCAAAAGAAUGCAAGCAGGGAUGACGCCAAGAGCAGGUCCGUCAAUUCUAAGGCGUCGGAAGGAGAUGGCUGAUGAUGCAGGGGGUGAUGACGCAGCGUAUGAUAUCAGACCUGAUCUAGUACCUGCUGAUGAUAUACUGGGUAAAGCAAAGCCUCAUAUGAGUUUGGAGUGGCGAGUAGAAAGUAAGAAAUCUCCAAGAGAUGAUGAAGAUGAGGAAGAAGAGGAAAGAUCCAGAAGGAGAAGGCAGCCUGUGUUUGUAGGAGAAGUUAGAAGUGUUCUCAGGGCGAGAAAAUUACAGGGUCACAUGAGUGGUAUAACAUGUGUACAGUUUGACCAACGUAGACUGAUCUCAGCUGGACUGGACAGGGUCAUCAGAAUGUGGGAUAUUAGGAGUGGACGCAGUCUACACAAAUUCUUUGGCCAUAAGGGUGGUAUUAGAUGUUUACAGUUUAUUGGUAAUGAGCUAGCUACAGGCUCCUGGGAUACUACAGUCAUGAUUUGGGAUUUGCGGAAUUUAAGCCGUCGCUACAUCCUUACCGAUCAUACAGACAGUGUUACAUGCUUGACUAUGAAUCAAGACUUCCUAAUAUCAGGAUCUGUUGAUUGUACAGUUCGGGUAUGGAGACGCAGUUCAUAUCUAUGCUGUAAUGUCAUCAGAGGACACAAACAGGCAGUUAACAGUUUGGCCUUUGAUGGAACACAUGUUGUCUCUGCCUCAAAAGACAGGACAUUGCGUCUGAGUAACAUAGUGACUGGAGAAUGUGUACGCACGUUUGAUGGUGCUGACUCGGAGAUUGUCACAGUAACGAUGAAGGGCAGCUUGAUUUUGAGUGGUGACCUGGCUGGCCGGGUAUUUUUCUGGAAUAAGUUGUCUGGAGAAUGUGAAGCAGCCAUAAAAGCUCAUCCAGAGUCUGUGAACAGAGUAGUGUACAGGGAAGGCAGAUUCUUUACAGCUUCAAGUGAUGGAACAAUCAGAGAAUGGGAUCUUGUUACAAUGACAAGUGUUAGAUUGUUGCAGGGCCACAAGGGGCCAGUAAAAGACCUUAAGGUGAGUGGGGAUCGUAUUGUAAGCUGUAGUGAUGAUGGUAGUAUCAGAAUCUGGGAUCUGUUUGACCCAAGGAAGAAAACUACAGAGGAAGAGCAAAUAAAACAGCUCCACCAGGAAUGUCCUACACUUUGACCUUCUGUGCUGAAAAUAAGUUGCUGACCUUGACCUCUGACCUUGCCAUUGAAUU